GCCCGCCCCUCGCGUCACGCGGCGGCGGCGGCAGCGCGGCGACCCUGCAGGAUGGUGGCGGCGGCCGCGGCGGCGGCGGUGCCGGCGGCGGAGGCUGAGCCAGGCGGCGGGUAGAAAAUGGCGGAUUUCGAGGAGCUCAGGAAUAUGGUAUCAAGUUUUCGGGUGUCUGAACUGCAAGUGUUGCUGGGUUUUGCUGGACGUAAUAAAAGUGGGCGCAAACAUGACCUCCUGAUGAGGGCAUUGCACUUGCUGAAGAGUGGCUGUAGCCCAGCAGUUCAGAUCAAGAUACGGGAACUCUACAGGCGCCGGUAUCCCAGGACAAUAGAAGGUCUUUCUGACUUAUCUGCUAUAAAGUCUUCAGUUUUCAACUUGGAUAGUAGCUCUUCUCCAGUGGAACCUGAUUUAGCUGUGCCCGGACUGCAUCCAGUUCCUUCAACUUCGGUCACUCCUCAGUCUCCUUCCUCUCCUCUUAGUACGGUGCUACUUCAGGACACAAAGCCUCACUUUGAGAUGCAGCAGCCACCUCCUUCAGUUCCUCCAGUGCAUCCUGAUGUUCAGCUGAAGAAUCUCCCAUUUUACGAUGUACUUGAUGUUCUCAUCAAGCCUACCAGCUUAGUACAGAGCAGUAUUCAGAGAUUCCAGGAGAAGUUCUUUAUUUUUGCUUUAACACCUCAACAAGUCAGAGAAAUCUGCAUUUCCAGGGACUUUUUGCCUGGAGGCAGAAGAGAUUACACUGUGCAGGUUCAAUUGAGGCUAUGCCUAGCAGAAACAAGCUGCCCUCAAGAGGAUAACUACCCCAGUAGUUUAUGCAUAAAAGUAAAUGGGAAGCUCUUUCCGUUGCCGGGAUAUGCUCCUCCACCUAAAAAUGGAAUUGAACAAAAGAGGCCUGGACGUCCCUUGAAUAUUACAUCUCUAGUUAGACUAUCUUCUGCAGUGCCAAACCAGAUAUCUAUAUCCUGGGCAUCUGAAAUUGGAAAGAAUUACUCAAUGUCUGUGUAUCUUGUGCGCCAGCUCACUUCAGCAAUGUUGCUACAGAGGCUAAAAAUGAAAGGUAUUAGAAAUCCUGAUCAUUCCCGGGCACUAAUUAAAGAAAAACUCACCGCUGACCCAGAUAGCGAAAUCGCUACAACCAGCCUUCGGGUAUCACUGAUGUGUCCUCUGGGGAAAAUGAGGCUGACAAUUCCCUGCCGUGCCGGUACUUGUACUCACCUGCAGUGCUUUGAUGCUGCCCUCUAUCUUCAAAUGAAUGAAAAGAAGCCCACGUGGAUCUGUCCUGUGUGUGACAAGAAAGCAACAUACGAAAAUCUCAUCCUGGAUGGGCUCUUUAUGGAAAUUUUGAAUGAAUGUUCAGAUGUUGAUGAGAUCAAGUUCCAGGAGGACGGUUCCUGGUGCCCCAUGAGGCCAAAGAAGGAGGCCUUGAAAGUUGUUGGCCCACAGUGCCCCAAAAUAGAAAUUUUGCAUGCUCCAGGUUCUGCCCUGAUCAGCAAGCAGUGCUCUACCCCCAUUGGUGAAGUCAGCAAGAAGAAGGUGGAUGUCAUUGACCUCACCGUUGAAAGCUCAUCUGAUGACGAGGAAGACGCACCGCCUAAACGGAAGUGCAUAUAUAUGUCGGACACACAAGCAAGUCCCACUAAAGGGGUGCUCAUGUAUCAGCCGGCAGCUGUACGAGUCCCGGGGGUCAGCACAGUGGAUUCUACUGCUAUUGCACCAUCAUUAACAGACUAUCCUGUGCCAUUCCAUCAUCCACCAAUAUCAAGUAUUUCAUCCGACUUGCCUGGUUUGGAUUUGCUUUCUUUAAUCCCGGUUGAUCCGCAGUACUGUGCUCCUAUGUUUUUGGAUAGUCUCGCCUCGACCUUGCCAGCAAGUACUGCCCCUGGCAACACCAUCACCUCAGCCAGCCCCCUCGACAGCAGCACGCGCGUUAGCUCCUCGGGCCGGAGCGAGGCGGCCGUCCUCACCACCAGCGGCAGCGGGAGCAGCAUUCCCGAUAUCAUCUCCCUGGACUAAAAGCUGAUGGAAUCUGUCAGUCUGGACUGCCUUUGCAGCUUGAACUUGUAUUUUAAAUAUUUAUUGGGAGGAGGAAAAGAAAAAAAACAACAACAACAAGACAGCUUUGGAUUCAGUGACCAUUGAUGUGCAGAUUGACAGUGGAAGACGACUGACUGGAACGGUUUUUUCUUCUCAUCCUGGAUUUUUUUUCUCUCUGCUUGGGAGAAAUAUUGUCCAUUUGGAACAAGCCAGCCUUUCAACUUUAUGAUGAUGAAACUGACACAGUUUUGCUCCGUGGAUUCUAGGAUGAAUUCCACAUGCUAAUUAUAACUCUCGGUUAGAUCUAGCAAUAAUGUAAAACAAAAAGCAGUGUUUAAAAAUGCACUUAAUUACUCAAAUGACAGGAACCUGCCUUAUCCCAGAUGUAAGGACAAGAGGAAGGAGUUAAAAUUUUUGGGAAUUCUUGACCUUUUGCUGGGACCUGGAAUAAAUCCUUAAUGGAGAGGACGAAUCUUUGCAAACAACAGUUGCAUAAAUUGUUUGCCUCUGACCUUCUUCAGUGACAUCAUAAUCCCUCUCGUAAAUCUGAAUUGUUUUUCGUAUUUAGAAGUUCGUGCUCUUCUGAAAUUGCUCAGUUACAAGUGCAAAAAACUGUAAGAACUGGGGGGAAAGAAUGCUAUGCAAAGUCCAUUUCAUGCAUCUAAUCCACGUUUGUGAAGAUAUGAAUACGAUGUUCAAUAGUUAAUUUUUGAAAUGUGUCAUCAGUUCUCUUUAGAUGAAGGAAAGGGGCAAGGAAGAGAUUGCUUCGUCAGAUCUUGCAAAAUAGUUGGUGCUUUGGAUCUGUGUGGGUUCUUAGCAUGUUGUGCUGUAUCUUACCUGCACAAGAUUCAUGAAAUUGAACACAUAGUUUAUAUCACUCAGAUAAUGGCUGCUAGGAAGAUUGAGCCUCAAUUGUCUUAGGGUUAUGGGAAUAGCUACAUUGAUGAGAAAGGACCUUGCACUAGGAUCUUUCAUCAGCUUGGGAAAAGAGUCAGCGAAAGAGGCAAAUGAAUGCUUUGAGCAUCACGAGUAGGAGGUGUGCUUUCCGGCCCAGCUAAGGCUGCUGAAACCGCCCCAGGAGGGGCUUUGCACAAACAGUAUCUUCACCGGUAGACAAUUGCUGAGUAUUUCAUGGGUAGGCAACUUCAUCGACAUCAUUCUUAUCCCCACAUUGCACAGAAUCUGUAAUGCUGGGACUCUUCCAUAAAGUGCACCUGUGUAAAGUGCUUUUCCGUGGUCUGAUUUUGUACCCGAGAACCAUCAAGUGCCAGCUUGUUUUAUUGGGCGCGGUGUUAAGAGGUUCUGUACAAAGCGGAAGCAGCACCACCUAGAUUAAUAAAGAAAAAGCCUGAGAAGGAAAUUGCAGUUUUAGUUUAUAUUCUAGAGGUCUCAUGGGCUGGUAGGAGGGAAGUUAUUUUGGCCAUUCAUGCCUUAGGGGUCCUGCAAACCUUUUAAUGAAAUCUCCUGUAUCUUUUAAUAGCUGCACAGAGCAUUUUAGCCAGUGUAGAACAGGUUAGAAAAGCUCUAGAUUUCCUAUUUCUCCUUACUGUUUGCUUGAAGGUUUCAGAAGUUGUAACGAUGAAAGGCUUCCCCACUAUUAUCAUGUGCGUACAGCUCUUUCCUGCUCUUACUUUUUAACUAUCUUUCAAAAGUUUGUUUCUCCUUUACCCAGCUAUAUUCCUAAAUACCAAACUGCAAAGGCACUGCAGGAUCAAUCUUUUGCUAUUAUAGGCAAGUCUUAAUAUUUAUGGAGUAUCUGGGCUAUGUAUACCUGAGGGAUGCCUAAAUGGCUACAGGUAGGAUUCGCCUCAGAUGUUCUGCCCCAAACAGUGCUGCUUUGUUUUGUAUGACCACCUAAAUCAGUUUUUAGCACAGACCAGUCUUGCAUUACAUUGAUCUCCAUGUGUCUGCUAAUUUUGUAUCAGUUAAAGCAAGCUGAUGAUCUCUGAGCCUUUAUUCAAAAAAACAGCUGUUUGCUACUUUAAGAUUUCCUUUCAAUGCUGUUUGAAAGAACUCUCCUCCUGUAAUUUUCAACUUGCUGUGAUGUAAUUCUAAAGAUCCAGGAGAGAUUCACUAAACUCAGGUGAUGUCUCUUGGAAAAUUCCUCUUAUCUUUGUUUCAGAGCUGAAUUUCACGCUUCUGAAUCCAUAAAAUUUUAAGCCAUAUUCUUUUAUGAAGUGAUGCAAGUUAGCACAUGGAAGAUAAAAAACAAAUGCCAUGCUAAAUUAUUUUGCAAACUUUUCUCCAACCUUUAGAAGCAACAUUUCAUGUGCUGAGCAAAUGGUAGUAUGUACUGGGGCAACGUAGAAGCCAUUGAAUCUGCCUAAACUGAACCUGAUGUAAUGCUGUGUCUCAGAAAUUCUUGCCAUAAAAACCAUCAAGUGGAACACUUUGUUUCCAGAGAAAAUAAAAUUCGACUAGAUAAUCUA